ACACUGCGUUUUCGCUUUGUCGCCCGCUUUCCUGUCAGGCUGUAGAGUUUCGGAGCAGUCUUUAUUUCCGUGGAGUUUUCUCCUUUAAUUGUGUGUAAUAUGAGUCAUGAAUCCAACCAAAAUGGACCUAGUCUAGAGCAACACUUUGCUGGGCUAGACUUGCAGAAUUCCUCACCACAGUUUCGUGGGGGAGGUAGACCAGGUGAAAGAGUGAAGUACAUCCCACCACACCAGCGGCAGGGAGGAGGUGGGGGAGGCAAUCAACCAGAUUACAGGAGCUUUCCUAAUCAGGGUGGUUACAACGACGGUCGCGACGGGCGAGGAUAUGGAGACCGUGCUCCUGCUGGUCCCGGCGGAUAUGGAGGAGGUUACGCGAUGCCGGCUGCCGGCCAGUACAGCGGGCCGCCGCCGAUGCAGACCAGAAGUGGAUACGGCAACUUUGCAAACCGCGGAGCGCCCCCUAGUGGGAAUCGUGGCGGCUUCACGAAUAGGCCGACCCAGGCCCCGCCUGGAGGAAGAUAUGACAAUAGAGGUGGCAACUUUAGUAACUUUGGGAGCAAUCGUGGCUACAGUGGUGGUAACCGCGGCUACGACCAGGGUGGAUCAUACCAGAACACUCGCUGGGUCGAGCCGGAGAAGGGAGGUCGCGACCAUCCCGACAUGCGUAAGUGGGAACUGGAGGCCGAUGACUGGACAAAGCUGCAGCCCAGAGACGAGCGAUCAGAGAGUGAGCUGUUUGGAAGUUCUCACUCUGGGAUCAAUUUUGACAAGUAUGAGGACAUCCCGGUAGAAGUCAGCGGCGAAACGCCCCCGGAUGCCAUUCAGAGUUUUGCGGACCUGAAAUUCUGCGACAUCAUCAAGCAUAACAUCGAGAUGUGCAAGUACACGGUGCCGACGCCCGUGCAGAAGCACGCCAUCCCCAUCAUGAGCGCAAAGAGAGAUCUGAUGGCCUGCGCACAGACAGGUUCCGGAAAGACGGCCGCGUUCCUGAUUCCGCUGAUGAACCUCAUCUAUCAGUCGGGACCGACGGACAACCCGUCAGCCUCCGGGCAGAUGGCUCGCUAUUCGAAGAGGAAGUGUUACCCGCUAGCGCUGGUCUUGGCUCCGACUCGCGAAUUGGCAUCGCAGAUCCACGAAGAAUCUAAGAAGUUUGCCUACCGUGCAAAGGUGCGCCCGUGUGUGGUGUACGGGGGCGCUGACGUCGGCGGCCAGAUGCGUGAGCUCGAUAGAGGGUGCCACCUGCUCGUUGCUACGCCCGGUCGCCUUGUCGACAUGAUGGAGCGAGGCAAGAUCGGGCUGGACAACUGCAUGUACCUUGUGCUGGACGAGGCUGACCGCAUGCUGGACAUGGGAUUCGAGCCGCAGAUUCGCCGCAUUGUCGAGAAGGACACCAUGCCGAAGACCGGAGACCGGCUCACCGCCAUGUUCUCCGCCACCUUCCCUAAAGAGAUCCAGAUGCUUGCUAGGGAUUUCCUGAGCAACUACCUUUUCCUGGCUGUCGGGCGCGUGGGCAGCACCAGCGAGAACAUCACUCAGAAGGUUGUGUGGGUCGACGAUGGAGAGAAGCGCUCCUUCUUGCUCGACCUCCUCAACGCCUCGACACCCGAUUCGCUGACGCUGGUGUUCGUGGAGACGAAGAAGGGAGCUGAUGCUCUGGAGGACUUCCUCUAUUCGGAGGGGUAUCCGGUGGCGAGUAUCCACGGCGACCGCUCCCAACGCGAGCGCGAGGAGGCGCUGCGGUCAUUCCGCAACGGACGCACUCCGAUCCUCGUCGCGACGGCCGUUGCCGCUCGUGGGCUGGACAUUCCCAACGUGAAGCACGUUGUGAACUUUGACCUGCCGUCAGACAUCGAGGAGUACGUUCAUCGCAUCGGCAGAACCGGACGUGUGGGAAACCUCGGUCUGGCGACGUCCUUCUUCAACGACAAGAAUCGCAACAUCACACGCGACAUGGUGCAGCUGCUCGUCGAGACCAACCAGGACCUCCCUCCGUGGCUCGAGUCGAUGGGCUUCGAGAACAAGAGCCAGCAGCAGUCGCGUCGUGGCGGCAAGGGCAAGUACAGCGGAGGCUUCGGAUCACGUGACUACCGCCAGCAGGGCAGCCAGCGUCAGGGCAGCCGCGGCGGCGGCGGCGGCGGCAACAACUUCAUGAUGUACAACGGCGGCGGCUUCUCCGGAGGAUUCGGCGGCUACAGCGGAGGACCGCCACAGCAGUACGGCGGCGGCGGAUACGGAGGCAACACCGGUCACGACUGGUGGGGAAACUAGAGAAGCGACUGACGCGUUCGAUAGAGAAGAAAGAUGAGAAAGAAGAGAGAGAGAGGUAGAUGAAAGAGAGAGUAAGAGAGAGCCUGCGUGCAUUCAAGCUUGAGCAACACUUAAAGCUAAUUGCGUUAGUCGGUAGUUUUGAUCCGCACUGGCUUUUUUCGAAAGUCGAGUUCGUUUAGAUUUUUUGCAAAAUUCGAAAUUUUGGAGAUUGUAAAAAACGUGCGGCAUCGAACUUGGAGCCGCGCGCAUUUUUGGCAUUUAAAUCUCCGCGUUUGGUGUCGCGGUCGAAAUUUUUUUUCUGUUUUUUGGACGUUGCCGCGGUCUACCACCGCACGGCACUGUUUGGUUAAGCGCGCCGGUGGCUGCCCGCAAAGUAGCGCCGGUGUUCGAACUGUUCAAGCUUCGUGGUCGCAGGUUGCAUUCGGCGCAGCAGCUCCCAAGAAACCCUGCUAUACUUUGUGAUCAGUCGGCUUUUUGCGCACUUCGCCCGCCGUUGUCGUCACGGUGGCGACGCGAAUCGGGACGAGAGAUUGCACUUCCGACUUGGUGAAGUGUACGAUGUGACAAUGAUGACGCUCUUAAAAUGAUUACCCGAGGCGAUUCUCCGGAACUAGUUCCGCUGGUCUCCCCCCACGCUCGAUACGGAUGGAUGUUAUGACUCCUAUUACACACACAGUCUUUGCCUUUUGCCUUUUUUUUUAAUUGUUAAUGUAGGCAGCCCCGCCGGCCGCGCGUCGAGCGCGCUGCGCGGGACGUGCUCUCGAUUUCGUUCAGAUGCUCAAAAGUUAGUUCGCAUACGGCUGCGUUAUAUACAGCCCGAUUUUACGGUUUACACCCCCCAAGACGGCCCCCCCAUCGGUAGCCGAGGCAGAGGGGUGCUCUAGAUUGCGAAUCGGUUUUCUGAACCGGCGUAAGAACGAGAGAAUUUUUUGUCUCUUCUGAAGUCGGCCUCCGCAAGAGAUGGAUGCGCGUGCAGCGAGAUCCCAAACGCGAGACGUCUCGACUUUUCCAUUCCAUGUCCAGCGAACCGAUUUAGAGAAGCAUUUGUACAGUAUCCCUAUUAAUUAAAUAAUUAAUUAACGUGACAUAUACGUGAACGUCUGACAGGAAAGGCUCGGCGCGAGGAUGCCGUAUAGGAAACAUAUAAUUGCUCUGCGUGUUCGGGGCGGACGAAAGACCGGGCCGCCGCUUAGGACGGCGGCCCGGUGGCUCAAAGUGUUUUAUUGAAAUUUGUUAACGCACGGAGCGUCCGCCGCAUCGCGGUGUCAGUGUUGUUGGACCCCCCUACCCCAGAGCUGGCCUCCACGCGUUCUGGAGCACAUUCGUAGAGUUUGAGAUGAAGACGUAUGUAUACGCCGCUGUCCUGUGGCUAUGCUAUUUAUUUUUCUAGUCUUUCAUGUGUGGGGACAUAUAUGUGUGUGUGUACGCGUGGCCGCCCCGAAGCGGGACGCGCGUAUCGAAGUAUAUAUAUAGUUCUCCACGCGUAUAUCUCAUUUCUAAAAUUUGUGGCCGAUUUAUGUUCUGCGAGUGAAGGCAAAAUGAAGAGUGUGUGUGUGUGUGUGUGUGCGUGUGCGCGUCAGAUUCGCACCGAAGUUGCGCCCGUCUCAUUCUAAAAUGUCUUUUAUACAGGUGCUUUUAAAUUGUUUGGUUCACGGGCCGUAUUGCCCGUGUAUGAGGAUCGGCCAAACGAGCAAGGCUGUGAUUUGUCUUGUGGCUUCUCCUAGAAAUAAUCCGUAGGUUAACACGGCGGGUCGUGCAUCACAAUUUCCGUCAUCCUGUUCGACGUUUGGGAAAACCGAAUGCCGGAAAUCCUUGGCGACCAAGCAAUUUAAGACCUGUGCCCCUGUUAUUGAAAUUUAACGAAAGGUAGUUGUUAUAGUUUACCCCCCCCCCCUCAGCUGAGUUAUAGCAUCCACAUCCCUAUUUAAGACCCCCUAAAAAUUAUUUGCCGUGAGGAGAGCCUCUAGUUACAUAUAAAUUUUACGUAUUAUGAGGGAGACGGACGUCGACCGUUCAAACACAUAAACAUGUAAAUAUUAUGAAGAGUACUGCUGGAUGUACGUUAAACAGUGGGAUGCCAUCCAGCAAUUAGGAGUUCGAGGGAACGAGAGGAGCGUGUAGUCAUCUGUUCAGCUUAAAAAGUACUUCAAAUCCUUUGAUGUGAUAAUAUUUGCGUCGUGUUCAGACGAGGACAAGUGAACGUGGCUGCGUCCCCCUUGUUUCCUCGUAACCGGUGUCUGCACGCCCCCUAGUGGUACAUUUAAGGUCGUGGCAGCCAGGUGCACGCUCGGUCGUUAGCGCUGUCACUUGACCGCUCAUUAUUUCUGUCAAGAUACACAAAGCGUCGACUAUGUAAACGCGAGUCGAUGGUAUUUCCGUUAAAGUCACGGGUUCUAUGUGGAGCUGUUGCGUUUUUUCCUUUUCUUUGGUAUUAUGUGUUUACAAGCAAAUUAUCCAUGUUUAUGCUAGUAUUUAUCAAAUUCGGACAAGAAUAGCCAGGCAUUUGAUUGUCCUUUUUGAAUUAGUUAGUUGGUGACGUGUAAAAGGAAGUAGUGUUAUUACAUUAUUAUGAUGUAGGUGGCAAUGUUAAUCAAUCACUGUAUACCAGCAUUUUGCAAUUGUAACCGCGCGGCCGCAUUCGCCAUGCUGAGCGCUGAAUUAAACUGUCUCGCAAACUUAAUUACUGUCCUCGUACCAUGAUCUCAUGCUCAGUCACAGAACGUGAUGUGAACCCUGCAUAUAUUCUAUUGUUUCUGAAAGUGUGAUGGAUUUCCUAAAUCUUGUUUACGUACUUUUGAUGUCGAUUGAAUGUUUGUUCGUUUGUUGUUGUUUUUUGUUCCCCCCCAGAGAAAUACGGUAGAAUGGUGACCUAUUCGAGGAAGUUGCGGUGCUUUGUAAAGUUGCUGGUGAUGGUGAGAGACUGCGGUUGUGCUAUGUGCUGCCACCUGGGCUUUCCCAUGUGUUCGAUCAGCUAGUUGUGCGGGUUCACCCUUGCGAAAUGCGGUACGUUCUCAUAGCCGUUCCGGUAGUGCAUAUUGACAGUGUCCAUUCGCUUCGUUGCCCCCGCUAUUCGUGUGCGUGUGUGCGUGUGUGUGCGCGCGCGCGCGCGAGAGAGAGAGGAAGAUAUUAUUCGAUGUAAGAAUUCACCUAGCUGCAUGGAUCUCAGCUUCAGUCAGUUGUUUGUACUACAUGUAACUGAUGUUUCUAAGUAUGUAAGAAAGCCAAGGCAGCACAUACCAUCACUGCCGCGAGCGCAGACUGGUUUUAUCAUGUGUUCCGAGACCAACUCAUUAAGGCUUUUUUUAUUUCUACGUGUAUAAACGAGUUGAUGGGCACGACGUGUGUGUAGAUAGCGGGAGAGUUUGAAGUGCGGUUUGUUUCAUUCACUGACGUGGCGACGGCCCAACGACGAUACGUAAAUCGAAAAAAAAUUAUUCAAGCCCACGCUCUGGCAGCGGCGGGCCGUUCUAGUCUCUUCGUCUCUUCGUGUUCACGGCUUCGUGACGAAACACGAGGAACUGCGCUGCGCAAGUGACGCGGCGCUCACGCGCGGGACGGAGGCUGCUCGAGCGCGCGGUGGUCCAGCUCGUGUUUUAGCCUAAUUAUCCGCCGUCUUUUGCUCACUGUUCCGGGGCGGUCCGACCGCCGCCGUCGCCGUGAUAUCGUCGAAACGCGCGUUCGCGUUUGUUUCGACGCCGUCGCACGGGCCGACGGUUUGCGACCGUCGUUCGCAGACGGUGGGAAGUAGUGCCGGAGAUCAGUUCAGAAGAAUACUCAUCAGGUGCUUGUGUAAAUAUGGAACUGGACCGUGCGCGGUGGCUCAGACUGCAUGUAGUCGGUCACCAAUACCCUGCCCCCACCCCCCUCCCCCACUCACGGGAACCCCCGUGAAUUAACGAAUGCGUACCGGUAGCAGCGGCUCAACUUCAUAGAGUGAAAAAUCUGUCUCUUUACGAAAAAUGGUGCAGGGAGUAGUUUAAAGAGAGAUUGGGGCUAAAUUUCUUGUUUUUGCGAGUUUCACGGGGAAAGAAUAUAUACGAAAAGAAAAAAUAUUCGAAAAACUGGCCGUCUGGUCCAGGCAGGCAGUGUUACGAGUGUGCAUUUUUUAGCACCGUAUUAAAAAUGUAGACGAGCGAACAAAUGACUGAAACAAACCUUGGCUGGCGGGUUCGCGCGGGACAGGCUGUUGUCCCCCGCGCGUCGGCCGAACACUCAGGGAGGGUACGAGAACUGCGUCGCAGUUCCGCAUGCCGAUGGUUAACGGAGCGUAGGUGUCAGCGGUUUGCCGCGCUGCCACGAGAGGGCGUCUCGUGCACGCGCCGACCGCGUUCGGCGUUCGCAAAACCGGCGACCGGUCGCGACGACUCGCUUAUUGCGUGCGGGGGUAUGCAGAGUCGCCCUGCGGGGUGUUCGGGCCUGCCACGUCUACGACACCCAGCGGCAUUCGUACGAUGCGCGACGUGAGGGAGCGUCUGACGUAUGACGGCGCGGUGUCGCGGGGCAAGGAUGGCGCCGCCACCUGGUGGAACUACCAGACACCAGAAGCUGCGCCUGAAGACGCGUGGUUGUAGAGCAGUGCGCGCGCGCGCAUGCGGUCGGUGCUCUCGCCAUCUCUCGCGGAGGGCUUGUUGUGCGACGCGCUACGUAUGGCAGUCGUGCCAGUUGGGAGUAGGGGAAUUUUAUCUAGCCGUUUCUUACUUUUUCACAAUGUUGAAGCAACGCUGGGGAAAAGUGCGUGCGUACCAUUUGUUGCAGAGGUCUAGAAUUGCAGCAGCAGCACAGUAUUACAUUCCAGUGACAUUAUUAGUACGAAACGAAUAUCUGGAAGUCGGUCUUUACUGUAAGUGGCACGAUAAGGUUCACAAUAAUUUGGUUUUCGCUGUGUGCGCAGAAGUGGGUGAUGGGAGGUCUAUAUACUUGUGGGUGUUGCAGCCUCUGGUAAAACGAAGGCUGAAAUUCUACAUCGUUCAAUUAAUGAUAAUGUGUCACCAUUUUGUUCCAAGCAGUGAUAUUUUUUUUUGUGGCGGUGUAAUUAACGUGUUGUUACUGCUGACAUCUUAAUCUAGUGGAAAGUUUAUUUUUGAUACAUUCUAUUCAGAUUGGCCCCGCGCAACACCCGCACACAUAAUGUUAUGACAUCCCGUUGUUCGUUACCCAUUUCUGGUACAGCUUUGGCCAGAGCCGUAUAGCGGAACGCCCUUUCCGAGUUGUGAUCGCUCUUGCUGCAUUUUUUUGAACCAUGCGAUUUGUGUUCAACUGUGGAUCAGUUGUAUCUCUGCAGACUUCUCGUCUACGACGUGCCACGGGUCGCCGGACGCGCGUCACGUGACCGGCAUCGCCGUGGCGACGACGACGUGAGUCUCUUGGCGCUCGGGCGUCGUUGUCGUCCCGUAUUCUCGUUCCGUAUUCGCGUGCACUUUGAAGGCGGGCACGUUGCGUCGUGUCUCCCCGGGACCUAGCUGACGAUGGGCCAGUGACCGGGUCAUCGUUACAUGCCCUCGCUAUAGGGCGUGCGUGCACGUCGUGUGAUAGACGAACGUCGGUUUUCACUACAACGUCGCCGUCCCGAUUCGUUUUGGUGGCGUUCUCUCUCGAUAAAAAGGUUCGUUACUACUGGAAUUUUAUGCCCCCGUAGCACGUUACGGUGUGGGUUGGCCGAUUCCCUGUUAUCUAUCUGAUCCGUCACGCGCGUACGUGUCUGCCAGGGGGCGCUGUGAGGUCCGGCGGACGGCAACGCGCAGAGGAUGCUUCAGCGUGCGUAAAGUGCAUUUUUAUUUCUGUUCUUUUGGUGUUGUUGGCUUUCGGAACAUUUUUUCGAGUGCGCCCGUGAGAGUGAGAACGAGCUUACUCAUUGUUGUCGCCCGUGCCAAAGUGUUGGCGCGCCACAGGUGACCGGUGACACUCGCAAUUCAAAUUUUACCCGUUAUAACCAGUUUUGCUAUCUAACGUAACUGAUGAAGUGAGAAGGGAGAAUGGUAAUCACAGCUUAUUUGACUUGUAUACCAAUAUGUCUAUCUAGCAUUUGUUAUAUUGCUACCGAUAAAAAUGUUUAAAAUGCGUGGAGUGUCUGGCACUCAAAUAGUAAUUGGUCCUAAGCCAUCUUGUGUUGUAUUUUGGAAACCUGGGUAGGAAAGACAACUUGGUGUGGUAAGAAUGUCGUAUGGUGAGCGUAUAGUUUGUACGUACGAGGGAACGUGUUCUAAAAUGGUACACACAUUAUGGCUGAAAAAUUUAUUAAUAGAGUAUCUGUAUACCUGCAAACGUCUGUAAUAAAUUACUUCAAACCAGAA